AUACAGAAAGGAUCCCUCCUUUAAUUUCCCUACCUAUUCCAUUCUGUAUCUUGUGAUUUAGGAAUUAGGAAAGAGAUGUCAAAACAAGGAGCAUUAUUUGAUUUGGCAUCUGGGGUUGGUGGCAAAAUUAACAAGGAGAAAGUUCUGUCUGCCGUUGACAAGUAUGAGAAGUACCAUGGUUAUUAUGGAGGUGAAGAAGAAGAGAGAAAGAAUAACUACACUGACAUGGUUAACAAAUACUAUGAUCUUUCCACUAGCUUCUAUGAAUAUGGCUGGGGAGAAUCAUUCCAUUUUGCACCCAGGUGGAAAGGAGAAUCACUCCAAGAGAGCAUUAAAAGGAAUGAGCACUUCCUUGCCUUGCAACUAGGAUUGAGACCAGGACAAAAGGUGUUGGACGUAGGAUGUGGAAUUGGUGGACCAUUAAGAGAAAUAGCUCGAUUCAGCUCUACAUCAAUUACAGGACUCAACAACAAUGAAUAUCAGAUAACUAGGGGACAGGAGUUGAACAACAAACUUGGUUUAACAUUGAAUCAGACUUGCAACUUUGUAAAAGGCGAUUUCAUGAAAAUGUCGUUUCCUGACAAUAGUUUUGAUGCAGUAUACGCAAUAGCAGCAACUUGCCAUGCACCAGAUCCAGUUGAAUGUUAUAAAGAAAUUUAUAGAGUGUUGAAACCUGGUCAGUGUUUUGCUGUAUACGAAUGGUGCAUGACGGAUUCUUACGAUACAAAUAACGAAGAACACGAAAAGAUCAAGGCAGAAAUUGAGCUCGGAAAUGGUCUACCUGAGAUUAGGUUGACAACACAGUGUCUUGAAGCAGCUAAACAAGCUGGUUUCCAAGUUGUAUGGGACAAGGAUCUUGCCGAGGAUUCGCCUGUUCCGUGGUACUUUCCUUUAGAUACGAGUCACUUCUCGUUCAGUAGCUUCCCUCUAACAGCACUUGGACGACUUUUGACUAGAAAUCUGGUCUCCGCACUUGAAUUCGUGGGACUGGCUCCGAAAGGUAGUCAAAGGGUUCAAGGUUUCUUAGAGAAAGCUGCACAAGGUCUUGUUGGUGGUGCAAAGAAAGGAAUAUUUACACCAUUGUAUUUCUUCUUGGUUCGCAAGCCCAUUUCAGACCUCCAGUAAUUUGGAGUUUAAUUUAUAGUCAGUUUGCUUUAUAUUUACUUGUGUUGCUUGUAUGAAACAUUUAUAUUUCAAGUCUUGCUAUUUUUGCCAUUGAAAAAUGUCCCUGUUCUUUUGAGAUAUAUGCCACAUGAGACAAGCUGAUAAAGG